AUGACGACAGGCUUCUCCUUGCUGAACCCCAUCACUCUCGAAACAAUCCAGCUCCCCGCGCUGAACAACUCGACCGCCAGGUUCGCGAGAGGGGAGCUUACUUCCCCACCAAGCAAUCCCAACUGCAGGGUCGUCAUUGCCGCUAAGGAAACGCCACAACUCGCGCACUGCAAGCCAGGAGCGGACGAGGCAUGGUCCGUGCACACUUUUUCCGAAGAGUUCGGCGCUUUCUACCGUCUCGUGGCCUCCAACCAGAGCUUAUACGCCCUCACAACGAACAGCCAACUGGUCGAGAUUACAAAGGAUAGCUCCAACAACAGCCUCCUAGCUAGCUUGCUGGUCCAGAUCUGGCUGUCGCAGAUGGUUCCGCGUUAUAUCGCGAGAUUAGGACACUGGACCUUGGUUGAAUCCGGCGGGGAGCUGCUCUGUAUCAUCCUCUGCCAUCGCAAACACAGCGAUCGCGAGCUGGAUUUGGUGCUGGUUCAUAAAUUGGACUGGUCGUCCAUGAGCUGGGCGAAGUCCUUUCCGCCUUCAAUCAAUCUCUCUGGCAGAUCAAUUCCCGGGGAGAAUCUCAGUCCGGCGAACUCUCUCGACCACUACCGCGAUCGCCAUCAGUUCCGGCGGCACUCCGGAUGCAGUUCUCACCGCCUUCGUCAUCAGCGCCCUCGGCGCCAUCAAUCUCCGCCGCAUCAGAGUCAGCGGCCCAAACCAGAGACGUCAUCGAUUCCUUCGUCUCGCCGUCUCAGCCACCGUAAACCGCCGCUGCCGUCGGCGCCAAAACCAGUCCACCGCUGCAUAUCGAUUGCCAUCGCCAUCGAUCUGCCUUCGUCAUCAGUUGCCAACCACCAUCUCCACCGGUUCAGUCGUACCGUGGCCCAGUACCCGCCACAACCGCCGACUACCGUCGAUUCCUUGUCGCCACUUGCCGCCGCCGAUCUGUGCAUGCCGGCCGUUUUGAUUGGUGGAGUACCAGAGCUCAUCGAGGACGACGAACCACCACACCAUGUUGCCUUCAUCAAUUACCCAACAGCUCACCAAACCACUCCUCGUUGCAGCUUAGCUGGUGUAGAGACUAGUGAAAAAGACCCAGAGACGGUACAAGUUGAAGUGCAUAAUGUAACAGAUAGGCUGGAGGAGGAGGAGGAGGAGGAGGAGGAGGAGGAGGAGGCAUUGAUAUGGAAGCUUCCUAGGGAGAUGUUCACCAACAUAGCAAAUAAAUUGAUCGACUGUAGAAGCUUCCGCACUUGCUGCAGGACACUUAAAUCAGUCAUACCUCUCCAGCCUCCACCGUAUCCAUGGUUCUUCUACUUCAAGCACUACAAAGGGAACCUCAAUUUCCAGGACUUGAUGUACGGGCACACACACGAGAAACAAGUCGACGAUUCUCUUUCGACCGCAGAAGUCGUGUUCUCGAAGAAGUGUUGGUUGGUCAUGACGAUGAUGAAGCGCAUGGCGAAUCCGGAGUUGGAUCCGGAUCUGCCAGUGAGACUCCACAUUACAUUCUACAACCCUUUUACGAAGGAAGCUCGCACUGUUCCUGAGAUGGUACCCUAUCCUUGUUCCCCUUCGAGCUUCGGGAUCUCAGGUCCGCCUACUUCUCCGGACUGUUGUGUAAUUGCAAUGUGGGAAGAUUUACGAAAGGAGGUAGUCUUCAGUUUCAUGAGAUUGGAAGACCAAUGUUGGCAUUUUUUUCUUCGACCGCACGACCAGCACGAAUUCCAAACGAGCUACCACAACACUCCGGUUUUUCUCGACGAUAAGUUCUACUUCUUGGAUAAGGCAAGGAGACUGGGUGUUUUUAGCUACGGUCGUGGCUAUGGGAGCGAGUUCACAUGGACGUGGGAUGUAUACGAUUGGAAGCUACUAGGCAGAGUUGAUGAGCCGACUGAAGAUCUUUGUGAUGGUCGUGGACUCGAGUUGCAAUAUCUGGUGGAAUGUAGAGGGGAAAUCCUAGCAGUAUUGGUGGGCGACUUUGGCGAGUUUGUUCGAGUUUACAAAUUCAAUCUGGAACAUAAGGGAUGGUUGGGAGUAGAGGAUUUGGGAUCGCACAUGUUGUUUGUCAGCAGGACAUCGUAUUUCUCCUCUGUGGAAGAGGUUGCCGGGAUGGGGAACAAGAUCUACUUUCCUCGAGUAUCCACGAAGCAGCAGAGCAUGAUGUUUUAUUCGCUGGAUACGCGUAAAUAUCAAACGUUCGACUCUAAAGAUCACGCCAUGGAAGACUUCCAACCUACUUCUGAAGUUUGUUUGAGUGGUUGGAUUGAAACUGCCUUGAGUUAA